GCCCUGACGUAACUUCCGGUAUCACCUGUGAGGUUACCGGGAGCCGUAAACAAGGUGUGCAAGCAUCCAGAGAGCUGUCGGGAUGCAGCAGAGCGGAGCGGCUGGAGGCCGUGGCUACGCUCUGUUCCCACUGCUUGGCGUCUUGUUCUUCCAGGGUGUUCACAUCGUCCUUUCCUUGGAGAUUAAAGCAGAUGCCCACGUCCGGGGUUAUGUGGGCGAGAAGAUCAAGCUCAAAUGCACCUUCAAGUCGACUUCAUCUGUCACUGACAAACUCACCAUAGACUGGACGUACCGACCCCCCAGCAGCAGUCGAACAGAAUCAAUUUUUCAUUACCAGUCCUUCCAGUACCCAACCACAGCAGGUACAUUUCGGGAUAGAAUUUCCUGGGUUGGAGAUGUAUACAGAGGGGAUGCGUCUAUCAGCAUAAGCAACCCUACCCUCAAGGACAAUGGGACUUUCAGCUGUGCUGUGAAGAAUCCCCCAGAUGUGCACCACAAUAUCCCUGCGACAGAGCUAACAGUCACAGAAAGGGGUUUUGGCACCAUGCUGUCCUCUGUGGCCCUCCUGUCUGUCCUUGUCUUCCUGCCCUCCGCUGUGGUGGUGAUUCUGCUGCUGGUGAGGAUGGCAAGGAAGUCUGCAGGGCUGAAGAAGAGGAGCAAGUCUGGCUAUAAGAAGUCAUCUAUUGAGGUUUCCGAUGACACGGACCAAGAGGAAGGGGAUGACUGCAUGGCGAGGCUUUGUGUGCGUUGUGCUGAAUGCCUGGACUCAGACUAUGAAGAGACAUACUGAUGACGAUCUUCAUGACACAAGAAGAGUCACCUGCUAGCAGAAAAUGUCCCAUUCCACUGGCAGCUAAAGCCUCUCGGAGAAGCAGGGCUGGCUUGGAUGGCAGUGCUGGAGGAUUCUAGAAGUCAUCAGGAGAGACUUCAGGAACCAUUUAUUUAUUGAAGAAAUGUUCUUUUUAUAUUUAUAAACUGUUUAAGGACUCUUUGAAGAAACUCACAACUACCCCUUUUAAUGACUUACACUCUAGUUGAAUGAAGGAGUUCUCUUCCUGAAUAGAAAGAUGGUUUUUGUUUCCCCUGUGUUAUUGAAUGUAUUACGUGUUUUCCAGUUAUUUGAGGGGAAUCCUAAAUGUUGGCCACACCGUGGGUGCCAAAGUAUCUUUAAAAAAUGAAAUGGAGCUCGUAGCUUCCUGAUAGGCUACCAGAUGAAGUGUUUGUUGGGGAUAAGUGUCCUUUGUUUUUUGCUCCAUGAAUGUUUUCAGCUGUGAAUCAGCAAAGAGCCUACACUCCUUGGUUUUGUGACACCAUUGGUUGAGUUUGGAUGACUCGGAACCCUAAUUUCUGUGGAGCUGGCAGGCCUGGGAGUCCAUGGUUUGCUUUGGCUGGGUUUUUAAAGUAUUAAGGUGUCAUCAAUUUAUAAUUAAGGAAGGGAAUGUUGACCUAAAGGGAUCCCUUCCUUUUGUCUUGCUAGGUACAGUUUGUUACUUUACUCUCUUAUAGCUGACUGAUUGGUGGUUUCCUUCUUGAUGUCCUGGAGCAGAGGCAAGAAAAACUCUUUGAGAAGCUUUUAGUGGGGAAUGUAGAGAAUUUUCUCAGUUAUUUGCAAGGAAAUACUCUUUUUUAACAAAUGCCACUCCAAAGUUCAGAUGUUGGAUUGGCUUUAAUGAGGCUUCUGUGUAUAGGAAAUAAUCUUUUUGACCUAAGUCAUGCUUUAGAACUUUCCUGUGUUCUAAAAUGCGCCAAAUAUGAGUGAGCUAAGGUAUUUAUGUACAAACAGUUUUUACAUAGUAUUUGACAUAAGGAAGUGAGGUGGUACAUAAUGUUUACUCGUUUCUGUUCUCUGAUACCUCACAUCAACUUCCUCCAUUUUCCCGCAGCAAGCGAUUUCAAACUUUAAUUUACAUAGGACUUUCUGUAAGCCAUUAAGAGAUACGUGUGACAUGUCCAGAAGGAUCAACAGUGUAGUCGUCUGUAAAACAGCGAUAGAGUUUACUUCUCAAUUGAGAGAAAAAUUAUCCCCUCUCCCCAUCGUCGUUUUUUUUUUUUUUUAAGCAGGAGAGUCCGAGAUCCCUCACUAGGUGGCUCAGGUGGUUUCCAUAUUAUAGCCUAAUAGACUGUAUACAGUAUCCAAAAAAGUCACUUCCCCAGGAUUUAUUUUUUAAAAAUUGGGGUUAUUAGUUCUGGAAGUCAUCAGUAAAGAUUUUUUAAAAAGAUGGCAUAGGUUUGGCCUGGCCUCUUUUGUCAGUCUAGUCCAUACAUAAGAGAGUCUGGUUAGUUAAUUAGAAAUUAUGCUUUUGUCUGGUCACAUAAGGAAGUAGAAGAGGAAAAGACACAUUGACUGUUUAUUUCCAGUGGUUAAGCCUCAGACUCGAGCUGCUUGGGCUCGUCUGGGGCCAGUCUAGUGAGACGGUCUGACACCUCAGCAGGGAGGGGAAAAUGUGUCUGAGCAACGAGAGUAAAUACUUUGGGCUCUAGGAGAUCGGAAGAUAGAGAUCUAAUUGUGAGGCAGACUUCUCGUGGGUCUUCCUGUCUCUGAGAAAGAGAUGGUGCUACAAGAACCCAGCGAAAACCGCAUUUCAUGAAUUGAGGAACUGGUUUUAUCUGGGUUUUCUUGUAAUUUCCCUUCAGGUCUGUGAUGAGGAUUAAUCCGGGGUGGGUGGGCGGUGUUUGUCCCUCCAGGUAGAUGCUGCUGCGUGGAGACUUGGUCGUCCUUAUUUUGUAGCCUUGAUCAUGAUUUGAACAAGUCCCUUUCUUCCUGAGUGACUGGAUGGUAGCAUCCUUCAUGGGAAGAGAGUAAGCUGAUUGAUUAUUCAGUCGGCUCCAUGGCUUUAAAAGGUCACAUCAGUCAUAGGGCUGCUGUCCCCGCUCAUCUCUUAUCCUGAGUCUGGCUUACAGCCUUACAGCUUUUUUUCCCUCCUCUCCCCUGCCUUCUCCUCUCCCCUUUCCGUCCAUCCUUCCUUCCUGCCUUUCUCUCUCUCUCUUUCUUUUAUUCUUCUUUUUCUUUCUUCCCUUUCUUUCUUUCUUUCUCUCCUUCCCCCAAAGGAGCAAAAAGCAGUGUUUGGAUACCUGCCUUCUUUAAGGAUGGAAAGAAGAUCAAGGUUUUUUUGUUUUAUUUUGUUUUAUCUUUUAAAAUAUCUUCUCAGGUGCUCUUCCCUCUCUUUCUAUUGUUUUGCUGGUCUGGAUACAGAGCACACUGUCUGAAGACCAGCCUUGUCUAGAAAGGAAAUCGGAUUCUGAAAGCUUCAGACGGGCUGAAAAGCCUUUCAGAAUUUUUCUUUGGCUACUGAAGGCUUUACUUGUGGUUACAUUACCUUGUAAGUUUUGCACAUUGAGCUCUUAAUUCUGUUACCAAAUGUGAAUUUAUAAAAUGCUUUGUGUUUCCUAUGUGGCCUGUUACCGCAGGCUUCUUAGAGGAUGUCUUAGUUCUCUGCAGCUCCCAAACUAGGCACUGGUGCUUCAAGAGGGAAUGUUGUAUGUCCCUGUGUAAAAAAAUUGUUGGAGGCCAAAUCCUGACUUUGAAAGUUCUAUUGUGUUGCUCUGUUAUGGUUCCAGAUGAGUGCUGUAAGAAGACCCGGAGGGAGCAGACCAAGAUGAUCAUUUAAUUGGGCUACUGGAAACUUUGCUGUCAGAAGGGGCGUCUCCCUUCUUUUGACCCCCGUGUGGGACUGUUGCAGUGUUAACAGCUGCAUUUCACUGUGUUUUUUGUUUUUGUUUUUUUUGUAGGCAUAUGUACACUGUUGGGUAAUAUUCACAGACAUCGUAACUCUUGAGAUCUUUACCACAUCAUAAUUAAUAAACUGCUUUGCACUUUCUGGCUA